AUGUCUUUAGGGCAAAAGGGUUCGGGGGAUCCUGGAGCGGUGCUCACUUCUAUUUUGAACAAGCGAGAGAAGCUCCGGCAAGAGUUGCGUAGCAUCGAGAAGCAGGUUUACGAAUUGGAGACAAGCUAUCUUCAAGAAUCGAGCCAUAUCGGAAAUGCACUGAAAGGGUUUGAAGGGUUUCUCUCUUCCUCGAAGAGCUCUGCUAGUGCAAAGAGGUCAAGGAAGUUUCAGCCUGAAGACAGAGUCUUCUCAUUGUCCUCAGUCACUUCACCGGCUGCUGAAGAACUUGGUGUUGGAAGAGAAGAUGGACGAGCUGAAUUGGGACCAGGAAGAUCCAAGGGUGGAUUGUCCACGGCACAGGGAAAGCCGAAGAAAGGGAGAGGACAAGCAAUUGUUAGAGAGGCAAAGAGAAACAGACCAUCUACAGAACCAGAUUAUGAAGAUGAAGAUGAUCCGGAUAUGAACUUGUACGCCCCUGGUUCACUCAUCUAA